AUCGAAUCCCAGGCCACGAUAAUCGCGCUGGAAAUUCUGGCCCCAGCAACGAUGGCGACGGAGGUGCAGUACCAAGGCUUUGUCUACAUCAAGUCCGACAAGGAGAACCAGCGUGCACCUGGCCUGUCGGAGGUUCGCAAGGCUGCCCAGCUCCUGGAGAAGCCAAAGAAGGCGCAGGACGUCCACCCUCUCUUCUGCCGUGGCUUUGACACCAAACUCAACCUCUCGGUGUCGCAAGAAGGCAUCAUUGUGACAGUGCCCAAGGAUGGCGAGGACCUCGUUGUCAUGGACCACCCCAUGCACAAGGUGGUGUUUGUGGUGUCUGUGAAGAAGACCGUGUACGUGGUGGCAAAGCAUGAUCUGCGCGGGAAGGGUGUGAUGUUCAAGUGCCACGGCUUCAAGGUCAAGUCCACAGCCGUGGCAAAGCAGCUGGCCCAGGAGAUUGCCGUCACCUGCAACCAAGUCUUCAAGAAGCUGCGGCAAACGCGGAUGUUUGUCCGAUCACAAAGCACAACAAAGCAGCCAUCCGUGUCUGCUGAGGGUGUGCCGCUGCGCAACAAGACGGACCCCGACACGCGCGCGCUCAAGCGCCUCAUUGCACAGACCCGCAUCAGCGUCACACAGGGCGCAGACCACGUGGAUGACGUCUCAGACAAGGACGAGGAGGAGGCUGAGACGAUGCUGUGCGGCCCGGAGCCCUCGGUGCCGGCAGAGGCGGAGGAGGGCGGUGCGGACUUUAGUGUUGUGGACGAAAUCAUUCGACAGCUGCAGAUGUCCAUCCUCGCCGUCGACGCUGCCAUCGAACAACGCGGUGAGGCGCCGUCGUCAUCACAGCAGCAGCAACAGCAGCAGCAACAUGAGCACGGCGCAGAGGAGGACGAGGAAGAUGAGGAGGUUGCGGAGGUGGAGGCCGAGGACAUUGACUUUGAAGAGUUUUCAGACGAUUUCGCUCGCAUGACACUUUACCUCCACGGCGACACCGUCCGAAACCGGCCGAUGCCCAAGUAUGCGGAGGUGACGCUGGACAGCGAUCUGUUCGACCUCACGUCUAUCGUGUAACCGAUGCCGCUAAAGUGACGCGGCAAACUCUCCUCGACACACACACACACACACACGCACACACACACACACACACACACACACACACACACGUGUGCUGUCUGCUGUUGCAGGCUCGUACUCCAUACUUCUUUGGUUGUUAACUUUGUCUUGACCCCAACUAUCACGUUAGCUGUGUUAAAUUGAAAGUACUGAGUUGUGUAAUGGGGGGGGGGGAGGUGCAGUGCAGUGGUGUGAAAUGUGCACAUGCUUUGAGACAGGAAGAG